GUUGUUCGCGGACGUCGAAACGCGAUGGUACUAAGUUGCUAGUUGCUGCGCGUUGCCGUUCGACGAGCUUCAAUCGACGAGAGCGAUCUUUCUCUCUCUCUCUCGUCCCGGCGAAGCAGAUUCACAUGAAGGUUGUUGUAAAUCAUACGCGCUUUGAGUUUCGCAUCUCGUCUCUGCAUCGUCUUCCUCGUUGUCUUUAUCGCCGGUCUUUCGGAGCGAGAAGGAAGCAGUACGAGUGACAAACAGGAGCUAAAGACCAAGUGACACAAGUGCUCGGUGAGUGCUAAUAACCGAGGAUUCUCGCGUUUCUUCUGUGAUACGCGUACGAAGCGCUAAGUCACCGCGGCCGAUAAUCGCGACAUAACCCUUCUCACGUGUUCGCGACAAGAAGUUCGCCGGACAGCAUUUCCGUCUCUCUCGCACGCGGAUGUCACUCGCCGCGACCUGAUUACGCGCGCGUGCCGCUCCGUGCGUGUGUGCACCACGAGGAGCGACGACAAUUCGCUGUCCGAUGAACGGUGGAACAGUUUGUGUCUGGUUGGACGACGACGGCCAGUGAUAUUACAACAGCUCAGUUCCCGGCGAAGGAUUUUAUCGACAAGACGCUGCAACCGACAGCGAAGCCAAGCAAAGGCAGUGAUCGAGAAGUCGCCGGUAAGCCUGAAGACGUGUUAUGAAAUUGGUGCCAGCGAUUCAGCUACCGCAGCUACCGCCGGUUUCCGCCGCGGGCGGAAUGACCGGAAUGGAUUCCCGGCUGCCACCGAGUAUCUCGUUGCCUUUCAGUCCCACGGACUUGUUUUGGCGAGCCCAGUAUGGGCAUACGAUGGGCUUUCCACCUUCGACGCACCCGCCACCCAGUCCUCUCUUGGACUUCAAAACUCAUCUACCAGCGAGUUUAGCGUCCGACCCUAGAAUGUGGUCGCGCGAGGACGUGGGCGCGUUCCUGCGGUGGGCCGAGCGGGAGUUUGACCUACCGCCAAUCGAGAUGGAAGCGUUCCAGAUGAACGGCAAGGCUCUGUGCCUGCUAACGAAGGCCGAUUUAGGCGAUAGGUGUCCUGGUGCCGGUGACCUAUUGCACAACAUACUGGCCAUGCUGGUACGAGACUUCAAUCAGUUGCAGAGGUGUCUGCCGAGCAGUCCGGUUACGCCAACCAGGCCGUCCGCGUAUCCGUUGAGCCCGCACUCCCAUCCGCCCACACCGACGUGGACGGAGACGCCGUACGCUCAGAAUCUCGCCUCCUUGAUGUCGGCGAAUUCGGUGACGCUGUCGCCGGCGCCGUCCGUCGACAGCCAAUCGGGCUCGCCCAGCCACGCGACUGACGCGAAUCAGACACAGGUUUAUAAGAGCGACUCGGAUGAAGAUAACAAUCAUCAAGUGCCGGGAGGUAAUACCAGUCCACCGGCCACGCCGACCGCCGUCGCGGCGCAGAGGCUCAGCGAGGUGAGCGUCAAGGAUCAGCCCAGCCCAACGAUACCGUUGAUGCCAUUGGCUGGCUUCCGGACGACCGCCAGUGCAGCCAGAGAGUUCUUUCCCAGCGAUUCGCCGGAGCCCAACACCAACGGAAGACUGCUCUGGGACUUCCUCCAGCAAUUGCUGAACGAUCCCAGUCAACGGUACACGCAUUAUAUCGCGUGGAAGUGUCGGGAAACCGGCGUGUUCAAGAUCGUCGAUCCGGCUGGCCUGGCGCGGCUCUGGGGCAUUCAGAAGAAUCACCUGUCUAUGAAUUACGAUAAGAUGAGCAGAGCUUUGCGUUACUAUUACCGUGUUAACAUACUUAGAAAAGUCCAAGGCGAACGACAUUGCUAUCAUUUUAUUAUUGAUUGCAGAUUUCUACGUAACUCGAUUGAAUUGAAGAAUCUCAAGAAUAUAUCGUCGUUGCGCCAUCAGAUGCGGAUAAAGUCGGAACCAGAGGAGGAAGGGCCGCUUUCCGGAGGUCUUGAAACGGAUCCGGAAGCGGACAUGCCGACAGACCUCUCGAUGUCCAGUAUGAACCAGCCAUCGAGUGAACCGCAGCAGCCCCUGCCGCUGCACGACCCACCUGCGAAGUACAGAAGUCACGCGUACAACCUCGUUAAGACCAAUCAGGAGCCGGAAGAGAGGAAGUGACGCGGGACCUAGCGAUGGCAGGAACGCAAUGAUCGCGCGUAAUCAUUAAUCGCGCUGAGUGCCGGCGGCAAAGCGACCUCGACGUAAGAGGGGGUCCAGUAUCGGCAACCGAUCGACGGAUUGCAGAAUGAGAUCGGAGAGCAUAUGAACAUUUACUCCGUUCGAUUCGUCGAUUAAUGAGAUGAUAUUCUCUACGCAAAGACAAAAAAGGUCUUUAAGAUAAAAAUAUGCGGAAUCCGAAAAGCGAAUGACGGUGAAUUCGUCAACGAAGAUCAGAAAGACGAUGAAGAGGGAGUCUAAUCGAAAUCAGUGGUUGACAAUGGAGAAUGGCAAAAUAUGAGAAUGGCUCAGAGUUUUGUCGAACGCAAUCGUUAAUUAAGAGGACGUUCGAAACAUGAUGGUUGGUUCGUAUGAAGCGCAACACAACACCGUUACGAUCUUUAGGCAUGUUACGGAGACUCUUUGAUGAGAGUAAUUGUCGGAAUAGGAAUAAGAAUAGGUAUAGAGGAAAAGAAAUGGGCAUAUUCACGUUUAUCUAAUUCGCAGAAUCACAUUGACGCUCCAAAGAUGAUCUUCGAGGGAUCAGAAAUCAUGAAAUUUUGUGCUCCCCUUUCCGUCUGUCGAGUAUUUGAAACAUACAAUUCUCUGUACUUUCGUCAUUAUGUGCAAGAGUGUGAUAAGAUGCGUGGGAAGAAAGCGCGCUUUGCCAAUAUCACUUCACAGCGCGAUCGGAUAACGAUUUGCUCCUACCCUCCAUAUGGAUUCACCAUUAAGUCGUUGUGCGCCGAUAAUGAUAGACGCUUCGAUCUGAAGCUCGAUCUUCGCGGAUAUUCCACCCCAUAUCCUCUUUCACAUCCCCGUCCUCUUCCCUUGUAACGGAGCAAACUAUCGACGCGAAUUGUCGGGCAAUUUCCUUUCCGCUUUUACAACGACGAAUUGCGUAUAAAACGCUGAUGUAUAUGAAACGGACUUAUGUACGCUUAAAAAUACUAUAUACGAAGAUUUAAUGUACAAAGAAUGCCAGAGGGAGAACUGUUACCAGGUCUUUCCUUUCUUUAGCGUCUCUCUUUCUUUCCUUUUUAUUAAUUUUAAGAACAUGUUCUGUGAUGUGACUAUGUUUUUUUUCUUUUUUGCGAAACAAGUAGCCCGUGAAUGAGAUCAAUCCCAAAGAGAGACUCGAAACUUGAUUUGAGACAUUCGUGUAAAUGCAUCACAGAAGAAUUACGUUACAGACCUUUCCGAAGUAUAAAGAGCUUGAUAAAAUCUUCCCGCGACAGUUUAAUAACAUUUUUACAUAUGUCGACUCUGAGAGAGAGAGAGAGACUAAAUGGAAAGUUUAAUUGGAUUUUCUCAAGCUCUUGCUACUCUUGUACGCUGAAACGGUUCUCCACUACUUUGACGUAUUUGUGCCAAGAACAUUUGCCGUUUAAUAAGAGAAGGAUUAAUGUAUUUAGUCGUACAUAUUUAGUCGACCGUUCCAAAAGACUCGGUAUAUCACGAUUUUGGAACCAAGUAUUGUAUCGUUCGCUCUCGGUACACGCAAUAUAUCCAAGACGCACCGAGUAUCGUGUAAUUGAUUGUACGCUGUAGGAAAUGUAUGUAAUUGAACUAAUUAUUUGGAUUUAAUGAUUUGUAAAUGGAAACGACAUAUAAGAUGAUAUUAGAAGAUUAGUAAAAGAAGUUUAUGGAAAUUCGGGACCACAUUUAGAGUAUAUAAAUUUAUCUAUAGAAAAAAUAUAUAUAUACAUAUAUUUUACUAUCAAAAUUUAUAUUCGAAAUUUCUAUGUUUGUUGCCGAUGCGAUUGUGGCUUACAUUCCACGACUCUUUAUCCGAUGAUUGUUUAGGUGGUAAACGUGAAAGUCACGCGAGAGGAAUAAAAGCAAGUAAACAAGACGUGUAUACAAUUAGGAAACAGGUUUUAAGAAGAUUACUAAUUGUAUUUUUGCACUUGAGAAUAUAAAACUGAGAAAGUAUGAGAGACUUGAAGUAUGAAUGUGAGAGAGAAAGAGAAUGAAUUUUGUCAAACGAGUAUAUGUCCGUAUUGUGAACUCAUCAGGACCAGACAGUCCGUAUAUGUAUAUCGUAAACUAUACUCAAUUCAGUCUUAUUCUAAUCGCAUGUGUACAAGAGAAAGUAGAAAAGUAAAUUAACUUUUUGACUUAACUUCGUAGAAUGAAAAUGUUUUCAUUCAUAAACGCAUCUUAAUUCUACUCAUAUUUGUAUAGUUAUGCAAAUAUGAGUAGUGGGGAAAAAAAAUGCAAAACAUGUGCACCUUGCGAAUAUUUGAUAGGUUCACAAUGUGGUCACUCGAUUGUAUGGAUAAACGACACGCUGAGGAAUAUAAUCGGCUUCUUGUAUACUGUGAUCUCUAUAUUCUGUAAUUCAAAGGAAAUAUUGCAUAGUUAAAAUUAGGUAUUAAUAUCUAGAUGAAAUGCGUGUACAUCAUGCACAUCUAGAUGAGACGUUUGCUUAGGAGAAACGCGUGAUGUUAUCAAGAUAAGAGAAAGAUAUAUAUGUACAUCUUUUUUGUUUACGGUCGUGUAAAUAAAUUUUAUGUGGACAAAUGUUCAGAGGAACGAUGAUUUAUAUAUAAAUAAAUAAAUAUAAAUAUACGAUAUAUCUAUAAUAAGCAUAUAUAAAAAUCGAUUAAAUAAUAAUGCGUCUGAGGUGAGAAAAGUUUAUAUAUCGUUUCGCGUGUAUAAAAAGGAACUGUAAAAUUUUAGAGAUUAGAACGGUUUUAUUAUAUAACUUGUUAUGAAGAGUACACGAAAUGAAUGUUGUAAAUAUAGACUUAUUUAGUUAUUAAGAA